AUGAGGGUCAGUAUCAUUCGCACUCGCAUCCCUCGGGCUGCCCAUCCCCAUCGCGAUCUGUGCCUCGAACUACGCGCAGGGCAUAGCUCGUCGACAGAGUUGCUCCGCGACAAGAGCCACGAUCCCUACUUCGUCGGGCGCCGCCUAAAGAACGACAACGAGCAGACGUACCAGGAUAACCUCGUGGCGUACAUCAAGAAGCACGGCACGAUCCCGGACGACGGCAAACCGUACGUCGUGCCGUGA